AUGUCCCAUGUGUGUCAUGGCAGCUUUCUGGUGACCUUGGCCACGGCGGCAGCGUUUCAGGUCCUGGAUGUCGGGCCUCCACGGACAGGCACGCAAACGCUGAAGGCGGCCUUGGAGGUUUACGGGUUCCGGGCGCUGCACACGAGCUACAACUACACGGCGAGGCUGCCCUGGUGCGAGUACCUUUUUGGCGGCGGAGCUCUUGAGCCUGCGCUUCGCACUCUGGAUGGAUACGACACAGCCAUGGACGAGCCUUUCCAUCUCGUCUACAAGGAGGUCAUGGAGGCCUUUCCAGAAUCCAAGUUUCUGCUGCCGGUAAAGGAUCCCGAUGAGUGGUAUGACAACGUCCUCGCCGCGGGCCAAGACCUGAACAUGGACCUUGAGGAGGCCGCAGCCACCCAUGAGAUGUCCUCCGGCUUCGAUUACUUGGCGGCCAUGACCCUUCGGAUCCCCUCGAUGAGGACCUGCAGUGGCUGCAUCAACUGGGGCUGCGACUUCCUGAAUGUUACUGGGAAGCCAAACCGGGAACGAUGUGUCGCUUCAUACCGGGCACACAUCGAGGCGGUGCAGGCCACCAUUCCAUCUCACAGGCUGCUGCUGUUUCAUUUCUCAGAUGGCUGGGCGGCCUUGUCCCACUUCCUUGGCCAGCCCAUUCCAGAUAGGCCCUUCCCGUACGUCGACGAUUUCUUCGAAGAGCCAUUUGCCUUGAAGAGAAGGAGAGACAAGCAAAGAAUCAUCAAAAGGCAUGGCAGAGAAUGA